AUGCAAGACUUAACAGCUCAAGUGACUAGUGGUCUCCUGCAGUUCCCAGAAGUGACUAUUCAAGCUCUUGGAGAAGACGAGGUAACACUAGAAUCUGUGCUUCAUGGAAAGUUUGCUGCAGGGAAAAAUGGGCUGGCUUGCUUGGCUUGUGGUCCACAACUUGAGGUAGUAAACUCUGUAACGGGAGAGCGGUUGUCUGCAUAUAGAUUCAGUGGAGUAAAUGAACAGCCUCCCGUAAUUCUAGCAGUGAAAGAAUUCUCUUGGCAGAAGAGAACUGGAUUGUUAAUAGGAUUGGAAGAAGCGGCAGGGAGUGUUCUCUGUCUUUAUGACAUUGGCGUAUCGAGAGUGAUUAAAGCAGUUGUUCUUCCUGGAAGGUUGAGGAAACUGAAGCCCAACCUUGAAGUUAUAACAGGUAUCCCGGCUGAAGUACCACACAUCAGAGAAAGUGUGAUGAGAGAAGGACGCCAUCUGUCUUUCCAGUUAGUAAGUCCGUCAGGAACAGCCGUUACAAUUCUUAGUUACAUAAACAGGACAAACCAGCUUGCUGUAGGUUUUUCUGAUGGCUAUCUAGCACUUUGGAAUAUGAAAAGAAUGAAAAGGGAAUAUUACGCACAAUUGGAAGGUGGAAGAGUUCCUGUAUAUGCUAUUACUUUUCAAGAACCCGAGAAUGAUCCUCGUAAUUGCUGUUACUUGUGGGCUGCUCAAUCUACACAAGAUAGUGAAGGGGAUGUAUUGAGUUUGCAUCUGCUUCAGCUGGCCUUUGGUGAUAGAAAGUGUUUGGCAUCAGGACAAAUCUUAUAUGAGGGGUUAGAGUACUGUGAAGAAAGAUAUACACUUGACCUGACAGGUGGCAUGUUUCCUUUGAGGGGACAGACUAGUAAUACCAAAUUGUUGGGAUGCCAGAGUAUAGAGAAAUUUCGGUCUCAUGGCGACAGAGAGGAAGGCAUUAAUGAAGCUCUCUCUCCUGACACUAGUGUUUCAGUAUUUACCUGGCAGGUGAAUGUAUAUGGCCAGGGAAAGCCUUCUAUAUACCUGGGGCUUUUCGACAUAAAUCGUUGGUAUCAUGCACAAAUGCCAGAUUCGUUAAGAUCAGGAGAAUAUCUACAUAAUUGCUCUUAUUUUGCACUGUGGUCAUUGGAUUCUGUUGUAAUUAGGACUUCUCCACAUUACAUCUUGGAUAUAUUAGUACACGAGAGAAGUUUAGGUCGAGGAGUUCCUCUUUCUUAUCCACCUCCUGAGCAGUUUUUUAACCCGAGUACUUACAAUUUUGAUGCCACUUGUUUGUUAAACUCAGGAGUUGUUCAUAUAACUUGUACUGGCUUUCAGAAAGAGACUUUGACUUUUUUAAAGAAAUCAGGACCAUCUCUCAGUGAAGUCAUUCCUGAUGGUUAUAAUCGAUGCCUUGUAGCUGGGCUUCUUUCACCAAGACUUAUUGAUAUUCAGCCUUCUAGUUUAAGUCAAGAAGAACAGUUGGAAGCUAUAUUGUCAGCAGCAGUUCACACAAGUUGCCUUGGACUUUUGACUGGUUUUAUCAAAAGAUGGAUAACAGAAAAACAACCAAAUUCUGCUGCUAAUUUGCACUUUGUUCUCGAAUGGACAUGGAAUAAAGUAGUUUUUGCCAAAGAGGAAUUUGACAGACUAUGUGCACCAUUAUUUGACGGUUCAUGUCGUUUCAUUGAUCCACAAACUUUACAGUCUAUCCAGCAGUGCCAUUUGCUUCUUAGCAACCUAAAUACAGUCUUAAGCUGUUUUGCCACAGAGGCCCAAGAGAUCACUGAAAAAGGACUGAUGGAAUUAAACAAUAAGUAUAUGGUUACCCAGCUCAUCUGUCAGUAUGCACAAAUGGUUCUUUGGUUCUCUCAUUCUGGGCUUUUACCAGAAGGCUUAGAUGAUGCUGUGCAGUUGUCAAGGUUAUGCUACAACUACCCAGUAAUUCAGAACUACUACACCAGUCGUCGACAGAAGUGUGAGCGUUUAUCAAGGGGCAAGUGGAACCCUGAUUGCUUGAUGAUCGAUGGACUAGUUUCUCAGUUAGGAGAUCGAGUUGAGAAGUUGUGGAAACGGGAUGAAGGAGGCACAGGAAAAUAUCCUCCUGUUAGUCUACAUGCAUUACUGGACAUAUACCUAUUAGACAACAUUACCGAAGCAAGCAAACAUUCUGUUACUAUUUAUUUGCUACUUGAUAUUAUGUAUUCCUUUCCAAACAAAAUGGAUACUUCCAUUGAAUCUUUUCCAACCACUUUUGCCAUUUCUUGGGGCUAUGUUAAACUUAUUCAGGGAUUUUGGCUGAUAGAUCAUAAUGACUAUGAGAGUGGUUUGGAUCUUUUGUUUCACCCAUCUACGGCAAAACCUAUGUCAUGGCAACAUUCAAAGAUUAUUCAAGCUUUCCUUUGUCAGGGUGAGCACAGACAGGCCCUCAGAUAUAUUCAAACAAUGAAGCCAACAGUGUCUAGUGGUAGUGAUGCUAUCCUUCACCUCACUGUUUUGCUUUUUAAUAGGUGCAUGGUUGAGGCCUGGAGUUUAUUACGGCAGCAUUCUAAUAGGUUGAAUAUAGAGGAGUUACUGAAGCACACGUACAAAGUCUGUCAGGAAGUGGGCUUAAUGGAGGAUUUACUGAAGUUACCAUUUACAGACACUGAACAGGAAUGUUUAGUGAAAUUUUUGCAGUCCAGUGCCAGUGUUCAGAAUCAUGAAUUCCUUUUAGUUCACCAUUUGCAGCGUGCCAAUUACGUUCCAGCCUUGAAGCUGAACCAAACUCUGAAGAUUAAUCUCAUGAAUGAUCGUGAUCCUCGUUUGCGGGAGAGAUCAGUGGCUCGAAAUUCUAUAUUAGAACAAUAUGGGAAAAUCCUUCCUAGAGUCCAGCGAAAAUUAGCCACUGAACGAGCUAAGCCUUACCGUCUGUCAACACCAUCAGUUCUUCGAGAAGUUUCUAGACCCAAGCCAUUAUCAGCAGUUCCAAAGCAAGUCGUAACAGGAAAUGUGGUAACAAGAUCUGCGCUCAUCAAUAAUGUGUUAUCCAAAAUUGGAGAGGUUUGGGCAAGCAGUGAACCUAAAAAUAAUAUCUCAGUUUACAAUAGUCUUAAUAUAGAAGAAUCAUCUUCUAUAGUAUAUUCACUCCCAGAUCCCAAGCUACCUGAGGCAUUCAUCGGAACACCAAUUUCAAAAGUAUCACAGCAGAUUUCUAGACUGCUGGAUUUGGUUGUUCAUCCUGUUCCCCAGCCUUCUGAAUGUUUGGGGUUUAUUCAUCAACCCCCCACAAGAUCUCCUUUGUACCUAGCAUCCAGUUUGUUGCCAUUAAAUUCACAGUUGAAAGGAUCACGUCAAAACACCUCCAGAGCUUCAGAAUUACAUUUACUUGAAACUCCUCUUGUAGUUAAGAAAGCUAAAAGUUUGGUCAUGUCAGUUACUUCGGGAUUUGCCGAGUUCACUCCUCAGUCUAUCCUAAGGUCUGGUCUUCGAUCAACACCUUUAGCAUCUCCUUCUCUAUCACCUAGAAGGUCUCUCACUCCUCCUUUACGACUUAAAGAAACUAGAAUUUCAUUUGUGGAAGAAGACAUGGACACAGAAUGGACUACUGGAACUGCAGAUGAUAGCAAAACAAAGAUAUUUGUUACUACAUCUUUCCAUGAAUGUGGAGUUCCAGGAGAAACGGAUUGGUUGAAGAGCAAAGAUAAGACCACACCUUUUUCCCUGAAUAGCCUUGAAAAGGACCAUCAUGAAAUGUCUGUGAGGUCACAUGAUACAUCCUCACAAAGUUUAGAGAAACUGGAUGUGAGCAAAGAAAACAGCAAUGCUUCAACCAGAUCAGACCAGACUACCUUAGAGUAUCAGGAUGCGCUAUCACCGGGAGACUUCGAAGAUAUGUUUCUCUUGGCCUCUAAGCCGGCAGGCUCUUCCACUGAACUAAUUACUAAUUUAACUGUACAGAUGGAGAAGAACAGUGAUAAAGAUGUGUUUCAGUCAGAAAUAAUUCCUCCAGACUCAGAGAAGCAAAUGGGCACUUUAGAAAAUGCAGAAACAAAGGAUCUCUUAGUUGCAGAGGAGGCAUCUUCAGAAUUGAAUCACUUAAGCCCCAUCCAAGGAGUUGAAGCUUCUCUUCGUGUGCCAACAAUCCAUGAAGGGAAAACUCUUACCCUGAAGUCCAAGCUACCAGUUUUGGAUGAAGGAUUAAUAUCUGUUGAAACCUGCACCUCUACAGUUGGAGCAGAUAAUAAUAAAUCUAUGGCCGAUGUCAUUGGUGAUAGUGGAAGCUCUGGGCUUACUAUCUCUGAAAGUCCUAUUAUCUCUGAACAUAGGCUUGACCAGGAAAUAGCAUUGAACUUAAAAGAAGAUCAUGAAAUAGAAGUUGUUGUACUAAAAGAAAGUGUUGACUUACCAGAAGAAAAGCCUCCAAUUUCUGACAGUCCUCAAGAAAUUCAUGUGAUUGAACGUGAAAAGCUUGAAGCUCACGGUUCAGGAGAAGAGGCUAGGAAUCUUUCAUUUAAUGAGUUGUAUCCCUCAGGAACUCUUAAGCUUCAAUAUAACUUUGAUGCCAUUGAGCAACAGUUUUGUGACUUGCCGGAUAAUAAAGACUCUGCUGAGUGUGACACUGCUGAAGUAGAUGGGGAGCUUUUCAUGGCUCAGAGCAACUUUACCUUGCUAUUAGAAGGUGAAGAAGGAGAAGUUGAGACAGGUGAUUCUGCAUCAUCUAAUGUGUUACCCAAAGCAGCUAACACAGCAAUGGAGGAUAAACUUGUGUAUGGUGGGAAAAAUGAUAAUUGUGGACCUGUUGCAAAUUUGCCGUCUAUCAUAACCAGUGGUCAAGAGUCCCAGAAGGUAGAGACUUUGCCAUAUGUGCCUGAACCAAUUCAAGUAGCAAUUGCAGAAAAUUUAUUAGAUGUAAUUAAAGACACAAGAAGUAAAGAAAUUACUUCAGAUGCAAUGGAACAGUCCAUUCAUGAAAACAUACCUUCAGUAGACCAAAAAGGAAUGUGUUCCAUCAAGUUAGUCAAAUCUGCAUUUAAGACUGUUCAGGAAACAAGUACAGUGACUAUAAAUGGCAGCCAGGUUAAUGACACGGUUUCUUCCAGAAUUCGCACAAGAGGACAACGUGUUCAAAACCUGAAUAACAAAUCACAACAGGAAGAGUCAGCAGUAGAUGUUGCUACUCCUAAGAUUUUAGAGCUAGCCGUUAAAACUAGGAAAACAAGACAAAUUUCUAAAGCUUCUGAAAGUGCCUAUCCUGAUGUCAAAGGAAUAUCUCAGAACCAACAAAUACUUCAAAAUUCUAUUACUCCUAGGAGAGGAAGGAGAAAAAUUAAUCAGGACACAUUAGAGAGUAUUAAUUCUAUGGAACAGGAGUUACAGGUUACUACAGGCAGGGAAUUAAAAAGGUUAAAAUCAUCUCAGCUCUUAGAACAAGAAUCUUCUUUCAGAAAAGUUAAGCUUUCAUCUGUUACAAAAAGGACACCUAGAAGAACUAAAAAUUCUGUAGAACAUCAGGAAAGUGUUGAAAUUGUAAAUGAUCUAAAAGUUAGUAAGGUAGCAAGUCCUAGCAGAACUCUUAGAAAAUUGAGAAGUACUAGUUCAGAAGCUUCUGAAAAUACAGGAUAUAAACAUGAUGGGAAAUCCAGUGACCAGCAACUACCUAUUCAACGUAGUAGAAGGGUCAGAGAGAGAAGAGUUAGUGCAUCGGAUGUGAUAGAAGACUCUAAACUUGAGUCAUCCCAGUUGACUCUUCAAGUAGAAUUGGAUAAGCCUUCCGUACCUAGGAAACGUGGUAGACCAAGAAAGAUAAAUCCAUCUGAAGAUGUAGAAUCUAUGGCUGUUAGGGAAGAGAGAAGUCCCAACAAGAGAAAAUCUCUCAGCAUCCAAAGGAGAUCUACUAGAAACACCCCAGCUAAAAGUGAAAAUAUUGAUGUUGGGAAGCCAGCUUUAGAAAAAUCUGUUCUAGUGCCAAAUGAGGAACUUGUCAUGGUGAUGAGCUCUAAGAAAAAGCUUACAAAAAGGACUGAAAAUCAAAGCCGGAAACGUUCAUUACGUUCAAUAUCAGAGGAAUACAUAGAUGAAAUGACACACAAAGAACCAGAUGACCAGGAAGAAAAAUUGAUUGCCGCAGCUUCUUUUACUAAAUCUUCCCGCAGUACAAGGGCUAGAUCUAACAAGGCCAUCUUGUUGCUGGACCUUUCUGAAGCAAAAAAUGAGCCUUUAUUUUCUCCAUCUGUGUCAAAGGUUCCAAGAAAAGAAAAAGCUAAAAAAAUAGAAGCUACUACACAGCUGGAAAAAUUAGUUUCAGAUUUAUCUUCUCAAUUUGUCUCCUCACCUGCAUUGAGGACCAGAAGAAAAAACACAUCCAGUAUGUCCAAGCUUGUAGAUGAACCGGAAGAAGAUGCUAAAUCAGUAGACACUGUGGAAAAGCAAAAAGUGAAAAGAGUGAGGACUGCUAAAACAAAACAAGCAAGCAAGCAAGCAUCACUUUCUAUUCUAAACACAGAAAAAGAAAGUCCUUGGUCACCUCCUCCAGUGAAAAUUAAGCUGAUUUCUCCCUUGGCAAGCCCAAUUGAUGGAGUAAAGAGCAAACCAAGAAAAACUGCAGAAGCAACAGCAAAAGCUAUUGGAAGGAGCAGAAAGAAACUGUCUUCCUUUCCAAAGCAAAUUUUACGCAGAAAAAUGCUGUAAUUUUUUUUUUCAAAUUUUUAAUGUAUAACUAUUUGUAAAGUCAUCAGAUUGUGUGGACUAUUAAAAAUCAUCUAAUUUGGAAGAAAAUAAUUUAUAUAAAUUAUUGUAAAUUUUUGUAAAUAGAAGGUCCUCAGUAAGUAAAAUAACUCCAUAUGGAGUGCGAUUCUUUUAGUCCAGGCAGUUUUUUCUAUUUUAUAUUAAGACAUCAUACAUUUAUAUAAUAUGUAAAUAUGGCUUAUUGGAAUGUUAAAUAAACUGUAUACUUCACAGUAGUUUGUGUCUGUUAGAUUUUUGAGAGGGGAUUUCUGUUUUAUAAUGAUUUUAUAUACUAGCAGGCUUUGGUCCCAUUUUCUUUAUAGUUAAAAUAUGCCAAUCUUAAAAUAAGGAUGAUUGAACUAUUGAUUUUUUUUUUAAUUGCUAUUUUAUAAUUUAUGCACUUUGAUUCUGUGAUUAGGAUUUCUAAUCAAAAUGUUUGGGGGGGCUUUGGCUAUUACUAUGUUGAAAUUGAAUUAUGGGCAUGUAAUUUUGCUGCCUUUUUGUGGUUUCACAAAUUUUUUGUAAUCUACCUCAAAUGAGUAAUUUUCCGAGUAAUGCAUUGGUUAACCACAAUGUUAGCAUUUCUUGUUCAGCAAGUUUAAAGACUAUUUAUCUUUAAGUCUCUUAAUUAUUGAGACUUAAUUAUUCAGGUUAGGUUGACCGGUUCACUGCUCACUAGCAACCUCAUAAAAGCAUUUGAGAAGGAAGGGAAAUGUAAAAUAAUAAAUCUGUUUUAUGGAUAUUCACUGCACCUUGUGUGUGCCUAAUAUUGAUAGGAGAAGUUUGAUGAAAUUUUAUUAUAAUCUUGCUGUGAAGGAGCUUGCUACUGAGUCACAGAAAUCCCUUAAUAUAUUCAGGUUUUAAAACUGGCAUAUCACAGGACCUCAGGCACAGAUUAUUAAGGAUGGGAAGAGUGUGAGUAGAUGUGGAAAAGAAAAAACAAAAAUACCCUGUUCUCUACAGUAUGACUGUGCAAUUAAAUAAUGAUGCUUGAUGUAGGCUAUAAAGUCAAAAAUAAAGAAAUGUUGUAAUAUAAUUUAUAACAGGCCAUUGAUAGUGUGUAAUGAGUGGACCAUUAAUAAUCGAUCAUCUAGAAACAAACUGCUUUUGUUGGCUAAGCUUUCAGUGUGAAGCAUAGCAGAGUGCUGUCUACAUUAUUUUUCUACCAAAUAACAGUAUGGAGAAUGAGAAAAUGAUGGAAGUUCCCAUGCCAAGUGUCCACAGUGUGAGAGGAGCAGUACGAGUGAGGCCUUUUAGUCAGGUUAGCGAUAAAUGUUACAUUGCCUUGUUGAAAACUUAACUGACUUUGAUUUUAUUAAUUUUUAAAUGAUAGUUAUCAAACUUGUAUUUAAGCUGCUUGUCAUUUAUGGAAUAUUAAACUUAUUUAAAUGAACUUGUAAAAUGAAUAAUUUAAAGAUCUAAACAUAAUUUAGUAAACAAUUUUAUUCUUUUGCCCAAGUAGCACAAUAAAAAAAUUCACAAGAGAAA